AGUAGGCGCGCUAGGAGUCGCGCUUUAGUGGUUCAAGGUAUGUAGCCGAAGGUAGAAACAUUUCCUGGAAUCUACAGGUGAUUCCAUUACUUGAUUUUGCUCCAAAUAUCAAAAUAGUUCACGGUGGUCGGGCUCUUUGGACGAUUUCUCUGCCACCCUGAGUGCUGUGAGUGUGUCUCCGGAACUCCUCCAGGAAAAGGCUUCAAAUUGUGAUAUACAAUUGUGACUGGGUGGAUUUUGCGGACCCCGUUUGGCCCCCAUUCCUUUGGUGGCAAAACAAGGCAGGAUUUUUAUGUGGAGCUUCAGCUGAUCGCAGAAAACCUGCAGAAUCUCAAGGCUGGCCGAGCAGCAUGACUCUGUUUUCGGCGUGGGAUCCCUGAAAAAUAGGAAAUCAAUCUUCUUUUGGGAACGAGGGACCUCACCACCGCCCAUCAUUGGAUGAUCUUGGAGGAAAAUUGGAAAAGAGAGCACAUCCAAUAAGCGAUCCUCAUCAGAGAUUAAAAGAAGAAACAGAUAAAAGAUAACCGUCUCCAAACUCGUUAUAAAUGAGAGUAGCCAACAACUUGAUCGGUCAACCUGUCCUGGAAAGAGGAUUUUACCCGUUAGAAGUGUGACAAUUGAGGCCCUCUUAGUUGCUUGGUCCAUCAACCAACCAAGUUUCCUCCGGAAGAGGGAAGAACGAGAGCAAAAAUCCACAAACUGGCAAUGAACUCUUCAGUGAGGUAGCAGCCGCAUAUCCCCAUCAUUCAUCAACCUCUUCAACGCCAAAAUGGAGUGCAGUGGACACCAGAUCUCGUUCCAGUUCCAAUUGGGCAUCAUUCGGGACAAAGUGACUGUGGACUCUAGUGAUCUGAAUCUCAAGUCUCUCAAGUCAAUGGCCACGGAUUUCAUUUGCGACAAGUGCCCCAGUCAUGAAAUCACCCGACUUCCGGAACGGGUCCUCCUCUUCCGGCAUGACUAUCAGUCGUCGAAUAUUCUACAGAUGAUCAACGCCGUCACAGAUAUCCAAGAGGACACAACAGUGGAAGUGGUGAUCAAUACUCAGCAUUUGGGCGAGGACGAUGUCGAGAUCCGGCCCCAUCAGCUCUCGAUCCACUCGUACAAAGCGCCCACAUUCUGCAACUUUUGUGGGGAAAUGCUCUUUGGCCUCUUCAAGCAGGGAUUGAAAUGUGAAGGUUGCGGCCUGAAUUUCCACAAGCGUUGCGUGUUCAAGAUCCCCAAUGAUUGCAGCUACAAGAAGCGACGCCGGUCGUCCUUUAGCCUCACUGGACUCCAGGGCAGUUCUUCCACACUUCAUUCAAGUUCCAGCGUGGGAACCACCUCCACAGGGGAUGGCAGCAACUUCUUGGCCCCGCCCAAUCGUGAUGGGAGUCUCAGUCCGUUGCUCUCCUCCAAGAGAGAACGCUCGCCUUCGGUUAUUUCGGCAGGUCGCCCUGUCUGGGUGGAUGUCCAAAUGGCUCAUCGUCUCAAGAUCCCUCACACCUUUGUCCUCCACACUUAUACCAAACCCACGAAAUGUCAUUUCUGCAACAAAAUGUUGGUCGGAGUCUUCAAACAGGGGGUUCAGUGCAAAGACUGUCGGUACAACGCUCAUAAGAAAUGCUUGGAAAAGGUCCCAAGGGACUGUACGGGUGAGAUGCCAGACGAGGUUCUAGUGGACAAGCAAGGCGACUCUACAGAGAACGAACCGGGUUACAAUGGCGAUGAUAGCGACGACGAGGCUCGAACCUCGCCAGACUCGGAGGAGGCUACACCGAGCCACACGCCCAACACGACAACCACCACAAAUCCCUUUGAUGCCGAGACUCGGUCUGGCGCUCAAUCAACUCAACCGAACAUCCCAGUCCAGCGAUUGGUCCAAUCUGUGAAACAGACCAAGCGAAUUGGUUCCAAGAUCCUCAAGGAAGGAUGGUUGGUUCAUUUCACGAACAAGGGGCCCAUGAAGAAGAGGCAUUACUGGAGACUCGAUACCAAGUCCAUCACCCUCUUCCAAAGCGACACGGGGACCAAUUACUACAAAGAGAUUCCUCUCUCGGAAAUUCUUGCCGUGGAAACUGCUCAAAAGGCUCUAAGUGGAAGCGGCGGCGCAUGCUCCACAGGGGCCGAGGUGACACAUUGCUUCGAAAUUAGGACCACUAACGUAGACUAUUUUGUGGGGGAGGUUGGGGUCAAUGGAAAGGUUGACAACGAUCUGGGAGUGGAGUUGGCCAGACAAUGGGAGAUUGCCAUUCGACAAGCUUUAAUGCCGGUUCAAACUGGUAACCCUGGGACUGCAGCCACAGGCAUCAAAACGGGCGCCACGGCCCCGCCACCAGGGGGAUCGACUGUUCCAAAAGUGAACCGCUCCGUCCCGAAGAAUAUCGCAGAGCUGGAGGAGAAGGAUAUUGGCCAACUCUACCAAAUCUUUUCCGAUGAGAUCCUUGGUUCUGGCCAGUUCGGGAUUGUUUACGGCGGGGUUCAUCGAACAAGUGGUCACACUGUAGCCGUUAAGGUGAUCGAUAAGAAGCGGUUCCCUACGAAACAGGAAGCCGCCCUAAAGAACGAGGUAUCAAUUCUGCAGAAUCUCCACCACCCGGGGGUGGUUAACUUGGAACGCAUGUUCGAAACUCCCGAACAGAUCUUUGUCGUAAUGGAAAAAUUGAAAGGUGAUAUGCUUGAGAUGAUCUUGUCAAGUGAGAAAGGUCGCUUGUCUGAGAGGAUCACCCGAUUCAUUGUCACUCAAAUCCUAGUGGCUCUAAAGCAUCUCCAUUCCAAGAAUAUCGUGCACUGUGACCUAAAACCGGAAAAUGUCCUUCUCUCCUCAGAUUCUGACUUUCCCCAGGUAAAACUCUGUGAUUUUGGUUUUGCCCGCAUCAUUGGUGAAAAAGGCUUUCGAAAAUCUGUGGUUGGGACCCCUGCCUAUCUGGCCCCCGAAGUGCUGAGGAAUAAAGGCUACAACCGCAGCCUUGACAUGUGGAGCACUGGCGUGAUCAUUUACGUGAGUUUGUCUGGCACUUUUCCUUUUAAUGAGGAUGAGGACAUUGGUGAACAGAUAAAAAAUGCGGCCUUCAUGUAUCCUCCUCAUCCUUGGAAAGAGAUAUCCAGUCAAGCCAUUGAUCUCAUAGGGAAUCUGCUUCAGGUCAAGUUCCGAAAGCGAUACUCUGUGGAUAAAUCUCUAAUGCAUCCCUGGUUGGAUAGCUAUGAGACCUGGUGUGAUUUACGCGAACUUGAGAACAAGUUCAAGGCCAGAUGGUUGACUCACGAGUCGGAUGACUCUAGAUGGGAGCAACACCAACUCCGACUUGGCAACGCUGUCGCGGACAAACUAGCCAACCUGACCACAGCCACCGAUUAACACGAUUUUAGAAAGCCUCCUUCCUCAAAGAUGGAGGGUCCACUUUGUUCCUCUUGCCUCUUUUCCAUUUAUAUUUCAACAUCUUGAUCAUGGUCUCUCCUCCAUUGCUUAGCACUAAAGCUUCCUCUGCUCCUCUGCUCCUCUGGCCCUCAAAUAGUUGAAUGUAUGACCCCCUCCGGUUGUGGAAUAUUUAAUUUAGAGAUUUUGGCGCUCUACUCCUGUUUUCUCCUUCGACGACCCCGUCCCUCUGUAUUUGAACUUGAAACCACGUGAUUCCAAGAUUUUAAAGUAUACAUAAGAUGUGAACUCUUGACGCUUUUAUUACUACUCCCACACACAUCUCCAAUGAUAUGACCAAACUCAUUAACUUACCAAUGGCUGCACUUUGAACGUGGUUCUGAAAAAAGACCUUCGCAACAAUCGAGAAUGCUACUAGUUAUUUAUAUCAAUGUUAUAUCUUAUAUCACACUUCUUACACCCACAUUUGUAUAUGAUUGUGCAUAUCCUCACCACGAACACGCCCCCGCCCCCUCAUCCCAUUGAAAAGCGUUCAUAUCCCACUUGAUCCUCUUACUGGUAUAAAUAUAUCUAUGUGUUCAAGACUGCUCAGUGAACAAGAAAUAAAUGAUCACAAGUCAUAA